GUUUAUAUUGACAUUAGUGUGUGUAUGCAGAAGAACUAGUUUUUUUUAAAUUUUACUUAUUUCAAGAAAUAAAACGAUAGUUUUCUCUUUAAAAUAUUCAAGAUUUUUUGGAAAUUUAAAAAGAGAUGUCUAAACAACCGAGUAAGGAACCUUCUAAUAUGGUCCAUCAGAACGCGAUUUUAGUAGAAACGAUCAGAAAGGAAAAUCGAACGCAAAAGCUCUUCACAAAUUUUUCUAUCAAUCCUUUUACGCAAUCUUAUGCUUUAACGGGAAAGGUAAAUUCUAUACAUGACGCUCUCAUGGAAGCUGGAGAGGAAGAUGAAACUAUGAAAAGAGCUAUAGCGCAAUCAAGAGCUCCGCCAACAAGAAAAUAUAUACGGCCGCAAACUGAAUCUCAAGAAAUAGGCUGGAUUAGUCAACCGCUGUUAACGGAUCAGGAUCACAAUGAUCGUCGUCUCUUUCAUAAUCGGCAGAAGACAGAAAUUGUAAAAAUAAAAGAAAAAGAAUGGGAAUUAAACCCCGCCGGCAGUAGUCGAAAAUAG